AUGCCUUCCAAGGGUUGCGCAGUGGCCCUCGCCGGCGUGGGCGCUUACGCCGCCGCCCAGGCUUUCGUGGCCCCGACUGCCCCACAGGUGCAGGAGCAGCGCCAGGUGCGCCAGCUGAGGCAGCAGGCCACCGCAAGCGCGACCUCCACCACUUCCUCAGCGGCUGCCCUGGCUCUGGGCGCGGCUGGUGUCGCCGCGGCCGCCGCACAGGCCGGCAAGCGAACUCAGCGCCGAUGCCAAGUCGUCCGCCAGGCCACGGCGGUUGCUGAGAAGACCUUCACCAAGAUGCCAGCAUCCGUGAAGCCCGGCGUCGUCACCGGUCAGGCUCUGGUGGACCUGCUGAACUACGCCAAGGAGAACGAGUUCGCGAUUCCGGGAGUGAACGUGGUGAGCAGCAGCUCCAUCAACGCGUGCAUGGAGGCCGCCAAGAAGGCCGGCGGUCCCAUCAUGGUCACUUUCUCAAAGGGAGGCGGCCAGUUCAUCGCCGGAAAGGCAGCUGACAACUCAGACGAUGCCGCCUCCAUCGCCGGCACCGUGGCUGGCGCCCUCCAUGUUCGCCAGGUGGCCAAGCUCUACGGUGUGCCUGUGAUCCUGCACACUGACCACUGCCAGAAGGCUUGGCUUCCUUGGUUCGACGGACUCAUGGAGGCCAACGAGGAGUAUUUCGAGAAGAACGGAGAGCCCUUGUUCUCUUCCCACAUGUUGGAUCUCUCCGAGGAGCCUCUGGAGGAGAACAUCAGCAUCUGCAAGAAGUACUUGGAGCGCAUGUCCAAGGUGGAUCUGCUCUUGGAGAUGGAGCUAGGCGUGACUGGCGGUGAGGAAGACGGCGUGGACAACACUGAUGUGGACUCCUCCAGGCUUUACACCCAGCCUGAGGAGGUGUGGCAGGUCUACGAGACCUUGUCUGCCGUGCCCAACGGCAAGUUCACCGUGGCAGCCGCCUUUGGCAACGUCCACGGCGUCUAUGCCCCUGGCAACGUGAGCCUGAAACCAGUGAUCCUGCACAACACCCAGAAGUUCAUCAAGGAGAAGCUUGGCACCGACGACGACAAGCCGGUGUCUUUCGUGUUCCACGGAGGCUCAGGCUCUUCCUUGGAGGAUAUCCGCUAUGCCAUCGAGGCUGGCGUCAUCAAGAUGAACAUCGACACCGACACUCAGUGGGCCUUCUGGGACGGCAUGAACGAGUACCAGAAGAAGAACAAGGACUACCUUCAGGGCCAGAUCGGCAACCCAGAGGGAGCAGAGAAGCCCAACAAGAAGUACUACGACCCUCGCAUGUCCCUCCGAGCGGGUGAGGAGACGAUGGCAGACCGCUUGGUGAAGUGCAUGGAGGUCUGUCGCAAUGAUCGCAAUGAAUCCAGUCCUGCAGCCUUUUGUUUUCAGUUUUCCCGUGUUCUUCGAGCCUUCGAACGAGCCAUGCCUUCCAAGGGUUGCGCAGUGGCCCUCGCCGGCGUGGGCGCUUACGCCGCCGCCCAGGCUUUCGUGGCCCCGACUGCCCCACAGGUGCAGGAGCAGCGCCAGGUGCGCCAGCUGAGGCAGCAGGCCACCGCAAGCGCGACCUCCACCACUUCCUCAGCGGCUGCCCUGGCUCUGGGCGCGGCUGGUGUCGCCGCGGCCGCCGCACAGGCCGGCAAGCGAACUCAGCGCCGAUGCCAAGUCGUCCGCCAGGCCACGGCGGUUGCUGAGAAGACCUUCACCAAGAUGCCAGCAUCCGUGAAGCCCGGCGUCGUCACCGGUCAGGCUCUGGUGGACCUGCUGAACUACGCCAAGGAGAACGAGUUCGCGAUUCCGGGAGUGAACGUGGUGAGCAGCAGCUCCAUCAACGCGUGCAUGGAGGCCGCCAAGAAGGCCGGCGGUCCCAUCAUGGUCACUUUCUCAAAGGGAGGCGGCCAGUUCAUCGCCGGAAAGGCAGCUGACAACUCAGACGAUGCCGCCUCCAUCGCCGGCACCGUGGCUGGCGCCCUCCAUGUUCGCCAGGUGGCCAAGCUCUACGGUGUGCCUGUGAUCCUGCACACUGACCACUGCCAGAAGGCUUGGCUUCCUUGGUUCGACGGACUCAUGGAGGCCAACGAGGAGUAUUUCGAGAAGAACGGAGAGCCCUUGUUCUCUUCCCACAUGUUGGAUCUCUCCGAGGAGCCUCUGGAGGAGAACAUCAGCAUCUGCAAGAAGUACUUGGAGCGCAUGUCCAAGGUGGAUCUGCUCUUGGAGAUGGAGCUAGGCGUGACUGGCGGUGAGGAAGACGGCGUGGACAACACUGAUGUUGACUCCUCCAGGCUUUACACCCAGCCUGAGGAGGUGUGGCAGGUCUACGAGACCUUGUCUGCCGUGCCCAACGGCAAGUUCACCGUGGCAGCCGCCUUUGGCAACGUCCACGGCGUCUAUGCCCCUGGCAAUGUGAGCCUGAAACCAGUGAUCCUGCACAACACCCAGAAGUUCAUCAAGGAGAAGCUUGGCACCGACGACGACAAGCCGGUGUCUUUCGUGUUCCACGGAGGCUCAGGCUCUUCCUUGGAGGAUAUCCGCUAUGCCAUCGAGGCUGGCGUCAUCAAGAUGAACAUCGACACCGACACUCAGUGGGCCUUCUGGGACGGCAUGAACGAGUACCAGAAGAAGAACAAGGACUACCUUCAGGGCCAGAUCGGCAACCCAGAGGGAGCAGAGAAGCCCAACAAGAAGUACUACGACCCUCGCAUGUCCCUCCGAGCGGGUGAGGAGACGAUGGCAGACCGCUUGGUGAAGUGCAUGGAGGUCUGUCGCAAUGGUCGCAAUGAAUCCAGUCCUGCAGCCUUUUGUUUUCAGUUUUCCCGUGUUCUUCGAGCCUUCGAACGAGCCAUGCCUUCCAAGGGUUGCGCAGUGGCCCUCGCCGGCGUGGGCGCUUACGCCGCCGCCCAGGCUUUCGUGGCCCCGACUGCCCCACAGGUGCAGGAGCAGCGCCAGGUGCGCCAGCUGAGGCAGCAGGCCACCGCAAGCGCGACCUCCACCACUUCCUCAGCGGCUGCCCUGGCUCUGGGCGCGGCUGGUGUCGCCGCGGCCGCCGCACAGGCCGGCAAGCGAACUCAGCGCCGAUGCCAAGUCGUCCGCCAGGCCACGGCGGUUGCUGAGAAGACCUUCACCAAGAUGCCAGCAUCCGUGAAGCCCGGCGUCGUCACCGGUCAGGCUCUGGUGGACCUGCUGAACUACGCCAAGGAGAACGAGUUCGCGAUUCCGGGAGUGAACGUGGUGAGCAGCAGCUCCAUCAACGCGUGCAUGGAGGCCGCCAAGAAGGCCGGCGGUCCCAUCAUGGUCACUUUCUCAAAGGGAGGCGGCCAGUUCAUCGCCGGAAAGGCAGCUGACAACUCAGACGAUGCCGCCUCCAUCGCCGGCACCGUGGCUGGCGCCCUCCAUGUUCGCCAGGUGGCCAAGCUCUACGGUGUGCCUGUGAUCCUGCACACUGACCACUGCCAGAAGGCUUGGCUUCCUUGGUUCGACGGACUCAUGGAGGCCAACGAGGAGUAUUUCGAGAAGAACGGAGAGCCCUUGUUCUCUUCCCACAUGUUGGAUCUCUCCGAGGAGCCUCUGGAGGAGAACAUCAGCAUCUGCAAGAAGUACUUGGAGCGCAUGUCCAAGGUGGAUCUGCUCUUGGAGAUGGAGCUAGGCGUGACUGGCGGUGAGGAAGACGGCGUGGACAACACUGAUGUUGACUCCUCCAGGCUUUACACCCAGCCUGAGGAGGUGUGGCAGGUCUACGAGACCUUGUCUGCCGUGCCCAACGGCAAGUUCACCGUGGCAGCCGCCUUUGGCAACGUCCACGGCGUCUAUGCCCCUGGCAACGUGAGCCUGAAACCAGUGAUCCUGCACAACACCCAGAAGUUCAUCAAGGAGAAGCUUGGCGUCGACGACGACAAGCCGGUGUCUUUCGUGUUCCACGGAGGCUCAGGCUCUUCCUUGGAGGAUAUCCGCUAUGCCAUCGAGGCUGGCGUCAUCAAGAUGAACAUCGACACCGACACUCAGUGGGCCUUCUGGGACGGCAUGAACGAGUACCAGAAGAAGAACAAGGACUACCUUCAGGGCCAGAUCGGCAACCCAGAGGGAGCAGAGAAGCCCAACAAGAAGUACUACGACCCUCGCAUGUCCCUCCGAGCGGGUGAGGAGACGAUGGCAGACCGCUUGGUGAAGUGCAUGGAGGACUUGAAGUGCAUCGACCGUCUGUAG